GCAUAUUGUUGUUUUGUAACCUGUGAACCGUGUUCGAUACGUCUAUCACAGAUAGAAUGAAAUAUGAUCAUGAUCACAGUGCUACAGCAAUUUCACCGAUUGGCCAAACUCGUUUUUAUCGGCUUUUAUAUUUGCCAGCUGUUUAAAGUAUUUGCCAUUUCUUCAGUGUGACUAUUGUUGCAUUAUUCAGUGUAACGCAAUUUCAAGGCAUAUACUACAUGAGUAGAUAAAAGUAAUUCAGUGGUGAUUCGGUGGUUAUAUUUCAAGAUGUUGCUCGAGGUUUCCCUCUCUCUGUUUGUAAUAUAUUUGUUGAGUUUCAUCAUUCAAACUUUUCUCGACAAAAGAAAAUUUCCACCCGGUCCAUUUCCGUUGCCUAUUAUUGGGAGCAUGCAUCAGAUAGGAACAUUUCCCCCCUUCACCAUGCUGGAACUGUGCAAAAAGUAUCCUGAUGUCCUUACUGUAAGCACUCCUAUAGGCAAAAUUGUUUUCGUGAACAGCUCAGAAGCUGCGCGAGAGGCUUUACUGACUAGAAAGACUGAUUUUGCAGGAAGGCCAAGCGAGCAACUUUACCCAUUAACUGUUAUAUUGGAUAAUAAAGAUAUUCUGACAACUGAUUACGGAAAAACCUUUACGUUUCGCUCGAGAGUUUUCAACAAAUCAAUGCACUUGUUUAAUGAAGGACCCAAAAUUGUCGAGAGGCGAUUGCAUAAAACAAUUAGUAUGCUUUUCGCCGAUUUAAAUAAGAAACUGAACAAACCGUUUAAUUUGAUGACGUUCAUAUUUACUACCAACGUAGCACAACUGUGGGAGUGGCUUUCAUCUGAGCAGGUAACAAACGAUGCUGCAAGGUCACGUAAAGUCGUUAAAUUUAUCGAUGACGUUGCUGAGUUGACCAGCGUAGGAAGCGUUUAUCAAUUUAUUCCGUUGCUACGUGUUUUACCCUCGGAAUACAAAAGAAAGAUAAACACCAUAAUUAAAGCCCGCGACGAGUUAUUCGGAGGAGUUCUUGAUUAUCAUAAGAGGACAUACCAAAGCGGUGUUGUCCGCGAUAUUACCGAUGCGAUGCUGUCGGCGUUCUUUAAAGAAGAAGACGAUGGGAAGCAUAUUGGGCAAUACAAAGAUAUCAUGUUUCUAAUGAUGGAUGUAAUGAUUGCAGGAGUUGAUACAAGUAACGCAGCCAUCGCUUGGUUUAUUCUACAUAUAGUGCUCAGUAAAGAAAUACAAACAAAAAUGCAGGAAGAGUUUGAUAGAUGUUUUGAAAAAGACAGCUUUCCCAGUAUGGAAGACAUCACAAAGUGCCAUUACUUCAAUGCUGUUGUCUGUGAGGUUAUGCGCAAAAGCGGAACGGCUCCGUUACUUGCGCCGCAUCGCACAAUUCGUGACACAAGCAUAAUGGGCUACAAAAUACCUAAAAACACGACAGUACUUGUAAACAAUCAUGGCGUCAAACAUGACCCAAUUGCUUGGAAAAAUCCUGACGUGUUUCGUCCCGAGCGGUUUCAAGAUGAAAAUGGCAAGUUCGUUGGAUGGAAUACGCACCCAGCGUUUUUGCCAUUUGGUCUAGGAAGACGUGCUUGUCCAGGCAAAGAUCUUGGUAAGUGUCAAGUCCUCAUUACGCUUGCAUGUCUCCUCCAUCGUUACAGUAUUAAGCUCGAUGAAAAUCAACCACGACCAAAGACAACCGAAUUUGUUCGAAAAGGCACACCGACUCCUAAAGACUUUAACGUCAUUGUCACCAAACGAUGCUGAUUUGGUGUAGACCGUGCAAACGCUCAUUCAACACGCACGAGAUGAUGCUGCAUGUUGAAAAACCUUACUUUGAAUAUUUUUAGUCAUGUUCUUUAUAGUGACAAUUCACCUUCAUAAUUUCUUCUAUUAAUGUUUACAGAUCUGAGCCCGCAACGGGUCGUAACUGGUGAAGAAUGUGUGUCAAACAAGAUGCAUUGCGCACUUUUGUUUGUAUUUGAAUCGUUAGUUUUUGAGCUUGCGGCAAACUGAAUUAAAUUUUUUCAGUACAUCGUCUAAUUUAUCUGAAAAGUUAGCAAAAAUAAAACAUUGAUGGAAAAUUCUAUUUUACAUUAAUUUUUAUCGCUUGUCUAUUGCUUCGACUACAAUAACAAAAUCCGUCAUUUUUUGACUCACAAAGUGGCAGUCCCACUGUUAUUAACGCGCAAUGCAUCUUGGAUGACACACAUUCUUUUAUAAUCUUAAACGUGAAAUACAUGCUGCUAUUUACUAUUAGCGUAUUGGCCUUAUUUUGCAUCGUCAGAGUGCAUGUCAAAUGAGCUAAAUAUUAGCUAAAUAUGAAAGAAAUGAAAUAAAACAUUUAGAUAAGAGGAAGAGAAUGAUCUUCUUGUCGUAGCACCCCCUGACCAUGAAUACCCGAAACAUAUUAAUAUGAAAUGGAAAAUAAUCACUUGAAAAUCAAUAGUUAUUCAGCGAGUAAAUUAAGUAGCCAGUCAAAUUAAAGCAUUUGUAAUAGAAUAAUAGUAUGCUUGUGCAAAAUCUCUAUAAAAACACAGAAAGUGUUUUCUAUUCCUUAAACAAUCAACAGAUUACAUAAAUAUAAGAAUGUAUAAAGAGAAAUACUUCACAGUUUUGCAGACAUUGUCGUUAGUGGUGUAGCCAGCUGCAGGUUUCUUCUUGUUAUGUAAAUAUUUAGCUGUAUAAGCAAUAGAUUUCCGAAGAGAUAAAAACAAUGCAAAUGAUCUGAAAUAUAUAAAGCACGAACCAAA